GCAUCGAGUGAAAUGCUCAGCUUCAAAGUGACUACAUCCUCAAAAUGUAGUCACAUCCUGUGGAUCGGUUCUUGGACCGUAGGCUUUCUGCUCUGUUUAGUUCGAGAGAGGCGUGAACAGCAUCACAUCGUGGUGCGGCGGCGCUGCCAUGCCGGGCCUGAUCUCGAUGAUGUCGCUCCGAGCCGGCAACCCGUUCACGACCAAGUCGCGCGCGUCUUCAUCGGUAAUAAUUACCAUGAUUACAGGAUUCAUGAGGUUCUUCAUUGUGCUGCUGCCGGUGCUGAUGGUGCUGCCUGCUUUCGAUGCGAGAUGGAGCAGUUCGAGUCUCCAGUGGCGUGGACAAAAUGAGGUGAAGCGCGGUCGAAGCAAAUUGCUCGUUAUCGGUGUGAUCGGUGACAUACAUUUACGCUUAGGCCAUUCUGUGUGUGAUGGCACAAGGCCGUCUAGCGGAUCGCAGAAGAGUAGUUUGCAGGGAAGAGUCGCAGUCCCACUUAUCUCGGACUCCAGGCAAUGUGAUACGAGUGAGCCAUUGCUGACUUCAGCAUUGAAGCAUUACUCGAGGCUGAGACUGAGAGACAAGCACCGACCGGAGUUCCUUCUGCUGUUGGGUGACAACGUUAUGCAUAAUGUAGGACUCUCGCUGAGAAAGCAUACGUCUUGCGAUGAUGCUGCACCAGGCGGCAGGAGAUGUCAACCAUCAGCAUGGACAAUUGCGUUGGCGUCGCUAGCCAUAGAGUUGAAAGUGACGCGGCUUCUCUGCAAACACCUUCAUGGACAUCAUGCCUUCCCAGUUGUUGGCAACAAUGACUUACCUACCGAUUGGCUUUUGCCCGUGUAUGGUAGAGUGAGAUAUUGGUAUCAUAGCCUGUUUCUGAUCUGGUGGAGAAUGAUAUCAGGUUGCUGGACAAGAAGACACGACGUACAUGCACCCAGUGCUUCAGAGUCAGUGCAGGCUCAAAGGAACUCCGUAUCCCGGACAUUCCAGCUUGGUGGAUUCUAUACGGUAGAACUGGAGGACAAUGUUGACAUCGUAGCACUCAACACUGUGCUGUGGUGCCGGAAAGCCAGACACGGGAAUACAGCACACUGGAGAGCGAUUGCCAAAUAUCAAUUGUAUUGGCUCCGGCACUGCUUACAGAAGAGUUAUAGCAGCGGCCGGAAGGUGAUCAUUGUCGGCCAUGUAACGCCAGGGAUCAAUGAGUAUGGCAUGCAGCCAACAUGGUAUGAGGAAUUCACGGGUGCUUAUAUCAGCUUGAUGGCCGGCAUGUAUCGCCACACUGUCAUCGGUCAGUUCUUUGGUCAUUUCCACCGUGACUCGUUCAGGGUAUUUCGCAAGCAAGCGAUCCUAGGAUAUCCUCCCAUGGAGUAUUCUUCAGUGUUAGGUCCAGAGAGAAUAUCUUCAAUUGGCACUACUGCCAUGUUCUUGUCGCCAUCUAUAUCACCCAUCUAUGGAAACUGUCCUACAUAUCGUAUAUUUGAAAUCGACCCUGCCUUGAGCACAACCGACUAUGUGCAGUACCGCUAUGGACCGUGUCCAUCAAGAGCUGCAAACGGCAGAACACAAGAUACGGGCACAUUUGUGCGCGACUAUCAGUUCACAGCGCUGUACAAUAUCAGCAGCAGCAGCGGUAAAGUAGGCUCACACCCAACAACUGCAGAUCACCUGUAUACACUUGCAACUCAACUUCAAAAGCAAUCACCUCGUUCUGCUCUGUGGCGCCAGUUCUGCUCAAGGUACUACGUGGAGAAGAGCAGCGCGAUGGACUUAUGCUUUACUCCAGCAAUGCAUGUUACCAUCUCCUGUGCAUUCACCAGCAAGACUCGGUCCGAGUACAGCCAGUGCAUUCUGCAUAGGACACUCUCAAAGGCAGCAGCAGCAAAAGCACCCAAGCACUAAAAGUGACAGCAAUAAUAAACAGCUGCCGCAGGGGAGAAAGCAGAGCACUACAACAGGCCUGUAACAUUUGAAAAAGGGAAAUGUACGCAUCAACAUCGAUACUGAACAAAGCAAAAUAGCAUCAGGUCAGAGCAUGACCAAUAGAUUUCUCUUGCAUGCCGCAUACAAUGUAACUUAUUCUCGCCCUGUCGAUAUUUUUUACUUUUUUAAGUACAAUCUCGAUCUCCACAAGAACACUACGCAGUGUACAAGUUUUGCUUCUUCUUUUUAAUUAUAAAUUAUUCAGUGUUUUUCAAUGACUAUCUAAUUCACAGCAAGUGAAAGAAAGAGGAAGAGGAGAGAGACAGAGAGAGAGAGAGAGAGAGAGAGAGAGAGAGAGAGAGAGAGAGAGAGAGAGAGUGUGUCAGAGA